AUAGCCUUCAAGCUAACCAUUGUAGUUAAGCGAUAAUUCUUAAUAUUGCAAGGUUUCAGUUAAAGGUAGUGCAUAACUUGUCUUGCUUUUUUCGCACUAGACGCUCGCGCUGUUAAUCAACGUCGAUCCUACCAAUAGCAAAUAAUUCACCCCAUAUAUAGCGAAUCGGCCCAUUAUAUUGCACAAUGCAAUUGAUGAACCGGCCCGCCCGCUGCCGGGCCUUCGGCAGCGGCAAUGCUCGACAAUUCCGCCAAGCUCAAGCGUGCCGUGCGCAUACUCCAACAGUUCUCAGAAGCCACCCAACAACUCGCCAAACAGACAAGGACCUUCCAUCACUCCCAGCCCUAGAUGAUAAUUAUGAAUCCAACGUGCGUUUCACGGAAUUCGCAAACUGGCUUAUCCCCGGCAGCAUGCUGGUAGGCCGCUAUCCCUACGUGGAGCCUAGCAGGUGCCUGCAGCGCACGCUGGGGGAGCAGCAGCUGCAGCAAAUCCUAGAUGCGGGCAUCACCACCUUCGUCAGCCUCCAGGCGGAGCUGCCGCCCCAGGAGAAGAUGACCCUGGCCGGAAAGAACGGAUUCCUGCCGUACAAGGCCACCGCGGAUCUCAUCCGCGCGUCGCUCAAUGGGCCGCCUCCCAUGGAGAUCGUAGAGGGGCUCCGAAACCCCAUGCUGGACAAGUUUCUGCCUGCCAGGAAGCGGCAGGGCAGCGGGGUGCCGUACAACCCUGUCACACUGCAAUUCCUGCACUUCCCAAUCGCUGACCUGGAGGUGCCCGACGCCGCAGCGCUGCCGGCCCUCAUGCAAGACUUGGGGCAGCGGCUGGCGGCGGGGGAAAAGCUGUACUUGCACUGCUGGGGCGGGCGCGGGCGGGCGGGGCUAGUGGGCGCCUGCCUGCUGGCCAGCUUGUACGGGUUGACCGCGGAGGAGAGCUUGGAGCGUGUGCAGCGCGCCUUUGAUACUCGUCGGGACGGUGGACGGCUCAGCCCCGAGACCAAGGAGCAGUUCGAGUUCGUUGAGGGUUACGUCAAGGCUCUAAAGCAAUAGCACAUUCAAUGCAGGGUCGUAUACGGAAAUUUUGUGAAGGCCUAGGACAGGGCCAUCGGAUUGUGCAGGCUGUUUUGGUCAGCGUUCGUCAUCGAACCGUCGCUCGCUGACCAAUGACGUCCAGGAGCAAAGUGCAAAAAUGCAUUAUAUUUUUACUCCCUGGUAUGUGGAGCACCUGUCAGAACGUUGACGGGUAGUUUGCUGAGUUGCGUAAAAGGGGCGCGCACGGCAACCUUUUAUGUGCGCACGUUUUGUACGUGGGUGCUUUAUAAGUCUGUUAAUCUGUAGCUGGAGAUAAAAUUACGCACCUGCUUAUUUCACGCUAAUCACCCAAACAUUAAUAACCUUGUUUGGCAUACAUCGCUCAAAACAUUGUAUCCUCGCCUGUGCCAGUUGUCUGCGACUCCGAGCGCUGGUUGCAAGGGGUUACUACGUUUGUGUCAAUCUUACCGUUUUUGGCCUGAGCUGUGCCGUUUGCCGCCGCCGGGGAUUGCGUUGGGUCUGAGUUUUAUGCUACGCCAGGAGCUGCGGACGGAAAACAGCGUGAAGAGGAGCAAUCGGCGUCCCUUAGAUCGCUAGCGGUGGUCACGGUGACAGUCGGAUGACAAGUUCGGGCGCAACUUUUACCAGCAACGGCACAUACUGCAGCAUGGAUGGCAAGGUCGGACGCCGUGCGCCGCUGUCUAUAGACACGAUUAACCGGCGUGUCAUAGAAUCGGAGUACGCGGUUCGUGGCGAAAUUGUUCAACUUGCACAGAAGAUUGCCCGCGACCUUGAAGAAGGCAAAGGCAAUUACCCUUUCGACAAAGUGGUCUGGUGCAACAUCGGGAAUCCCCAAAUUCUAGGACAGAAGCCCAUCACGUAUUUCCGUCAAGUGCUGGCGUUGUGCGAGUGCCCGCAGCUUCUGUCGCACCCCAACAUCCGCGACCUGUUCCCGGAGGAUGUCAUCAACCGCGCGCAGCUGCUCAUCAAGGCCAUCCCGGGCGGCCUCGGAGCCUAUAGCGACUCCGCGGGUGCCCUCAUCAUCCGCCAGCUCGUGGCCGCAGCCAUCUCUGCCCGCGACGGCUUCCCCUCCGACCCGGAGAACAUCUACAUGACGGACGGCGCCUCGCCUGCCGUACACUACAUGAUGGAUCUGCUGCUGCGGGAGCCCUCGGACGGCAUCAUGGUGCCCAUCCCGCAGUACCCGCUGUACAGCGCCACGUUGACGCUGUACGGCGGCACGCUGGUGCCGUACCACCUGAACGAGGCCGCGGGCUGGGCGCUGGACGUGGCGAACCUGCGGGAGCGGCUGAGUGAGGCGCGCGCCAAGGGGCUGUGCGUGCGGGCGCUCGUGGUCAUCAACCCCGGCAACCCCACAGGUCAGUGCCUGUCGUACGACAACAUCCGGGACAUCCUGGCCUUCUGCCGGGACGAGCAGCUGGUGCUCAUCGCGGACGAGGUCUAUCAGGCCAACAUCUACGUGGAGGACAAGGAGUUCUUCUCCUUCAAGCGUGUCGCCUGCAGCGAGGGGCUGCUGUCCGCGGUGCCGCUGGUGUCUCUGCACUCCAUCUCCAAGGGCUUCAUCGGGGAGUGCGGCCGGCGGGGCGGCUACAUGGAGGUGACGGGCUUCCCGGAGGCGGUCAAGGACCAGAUCCUGAAGCUGGCCUCCAUCAACCUGUGCCCCAACCUGUCGGGGCAGAUCUGCUGCGCACUGAUGAUGAACCCGCCGCAGGAGGGUGAGGCCUCCUACCCGCUCUACUGCGAGGAGCGCAACGCCAUCCUGGGCUCCCUCAAGCGGCGCGCGGAGCUGCUGGUGGGGGCGCUCAACCGGCUGCAGGGGGUCAGCUGCAACGCGGCGGAGGGGGCGCUGUACGCCUUCCCGCGGGUGACACUGCCGGAUGCCGCUGUCAGGGCGGCGCAGCAGCUGGGCAAGCAGCCCGACUGGCUGUACUGCCGGGAGCUGCUGGCGGCCACCGGCAUUGUGGUGGUGCCCGGCUCGGGCUUUGGUCAGGCGGAUGGCACCUACCACUUCCGCACCACCUUUUUGCCCUCGGAGGAGGACAUUGGCCACGUGGUGGAGGCGCUCGGGAAGUUCCAUGCGGCCUUCCUGGCCAAGUAUGGAGGGGUGAUUGCGGCGGCGCCGGCGGGCGCGGUGGAAGUGGAGGAAAAUGGGACUCACUAGGUAGCCAUCGGAUGCAGGGGGGGAGGUGAAGCGGAGGGCGUAUGGACUGCCGUGGCGGGCCUAGAAGCCCGGCGCGUUGACGUUCGGUGAGAGUGUAUGUUUUUCCGCUUUGGGAGGUUCGUUGUACGGCACUUUUGAGGCCCUGGUGGCUGGAAUGGAGGAGAAACGUUUUCCUGUUGGACAGGCAGUUUUGGCGGUGCUGUGCUGUCGUCAGAUGACAGUUGAGGGGAGCGUGGUGCUGAGAAGAGAACGACUAGAACAACGCGGGAUAGUAGGUAAUGCGGAAGGCCAGCCUAUUGUGCUUUGGGUCCCCAUAAACCUAGAGGACAAGGGUGAUGAGGAUUUUUGUGCCAGCCUUUUUUCCAUUAUCGUCUAGAGGCUGUUGCAGGGAAUGACGUCAUUGCACUCGCUGAUGGUGGUGUGAUGCGGCGGCUAAAGUGGUGGUGCGGCGGGGGGCUACUACACGCAACAAUAGUGUGACGCUGUAAUACGGGUUGCUGCCGUGUGGUUAGCUGCAUGCUCUCUACGUGACAUGGGCUCUCCGGGGCUCAGGUUGCAGAGCCCACAUACCGAGCCAACGCGGAUUUCGAGCUCCUGCUCUUGAAGUGGCCUGCGUGGGCCUGAGAGUUGUUCAUGAUUACCGGUACCUCAAUGGGAGGUUUGGCGUGUAUGGGGAAUACGUGACGUUACGCAUGUCAUAAGGUGGCUCCUUUUCCAGGACUAAGAUUUUCAUGUUUUUAUUACAAUGUGUUGUGCGGGUUUAUUGUGCAGAGAUUGCCGACCAUAAAGGAGUGGUUGUGAUGGGACAUGGGCGCGCCCAGUCCCGUCCUAGUCUGGCAUGUGAGUUGCGUGCCGAUGGUUGUUAAUGUCAUUCGACAUGCUGGACGAGGAUAUGAACGGGAGCAACCACAUGUAACAGCUUUUUGUUU